CAGCUUGCAUUAAAGUUAGUGUCACUUUGGGCGAUGAGGCCAUCAUUAUCCUCAAAUUUCAAUACCUAUCACGCCCGGAAAAGACCCAAGAAACGCCACGACGUUUUGUUGACGACUUCCCAUCCAUCCACAGGAAUACAUCCAUCUUAUCAUAA